CUCUGGUGUCAGUCCGUCAGGCGAGCUUGGGGGCGGGUCCGUGUUGGCGGCAGCACCGGCUAGGCGGGCGCGCAGUUCCGGACGCGCGGCGACCGUUGGGCCUGGUGGUUUGCGGGGCGCGCAGCUCUCAUGGCUGCAGCUAGCGUGACCCCUCCUGGCUCCCUAGACGUGCUACAGCCCGGCUUCUCAAAGAACCUCCUGGGGACUAAGCUGGAAGACAAGUACCUGUGCUCGGCCUGUAGGAACGUCCUGCGCAGGCCCUUCCAGGCGCAGUGUGGCCACCGCUACUGCUCCUUCUGUCUCAGCAGCAUCCUGAGCUCCGGGCCUCAGAACUGUGCCGCCUGCGUGCACGAGGGCAUAUACGAAGAAGGCAUUUCUAUUUUAGAGAGCAGCUCAGCUUUCCCGGACAACGCAGCCCGCAGGGAGGUGGAGAGCCUGCCGGCCGUCUGCCCCAGCGACGGCUGCACCUGGAAGGGGACCCUUAAAGAGUACGAGAGCUGCCAUGAGGGACACUGCCCAUUCAUGCUGACUGAGUGCCCGGCGUGUAAAGGCCUGGUCCGCCUCAGUGACAAGGACCACCACGCGGAGUUCGAGUGCCCGGAGAGGAGCCUCCGCUGCAGGCACUGCAGGGCUCCCUGCUGCUGGGCCGACAUGAAGGCACAUGACGAGGUCUGCCCCAAGUUCCCCUUGACGUGCGACGGCUGCGGCAAGAAGAAGAUCCCCCGUGAGAAAUUUCAGGACCACGUCAGGACGUGUGGCAAAUGCCAGGUGCCCUGCCGGUUCCACGACGUCGGCUGCCCCGACAUGGUAGAGAACGAGAAGCAGCAGGAGCACGAGGCCCAGCGGCUCCCAGAGCACCUGGCCAUGCUGCUGGGCGUCCUCCUAGAGGCCACGGGCCGGUCCCCGGGCCAGAGCGAGGGGGUCAGCUGGGAGGCCGGCGUGCUGGGCUCAGGGCCGGGGCUCUCCAAGGCCGUGGAGCUCCUGCAGAGGUGCGAGGCCUUGGAGAGGAAGACGGCCACCUUCGAGAACAUCGUCUGCGUCUUGAACCGGGAGGUGGAGAGGGUGGCCAUGACCGCCGAGGCCUGCGGCCGGCAGCACCGGCUGGACCAGGACCGGAUUGAAGCUCUGAGUAACAAGGUACAGCAGCUGGAGAGGAGCAUCGGCCUGAAGGACCUGGCGAUGGCCGACCUGGAGCAGAAGGUCCAUGAGAUGGAGGCGUCCACCUUCGAUGGGGUAUUCGUCUGGAAGAUCUCGGACUUCGCCAGGAAGCGCCAGGAAGCUGUGGCUGGCCGCACGCCCGCCAUCUUCUCCCCAGCCUUCUACACCAGCAGGUACGGCUAUAAGAUGUGUCUGCGUAUCUACCUGAACGGGGAUGGCACCGGGCGCGGGACGCACCUGUCUCUCUUCUUCGUGGUGAUGAAGGGCCCCAACGAUGCCCUCCUGCGGUGGCCCUUCAACCAAAAGGUGACCUUAAUGCUGCUUGACCAGAACAACCGGGAGCAUGUGAUCGACGCCUUCAGGCCCGACGUGACCUCGUCGUCUUUCCAGAGGCCGGUCAGCGACAUGAACAUCGCAAGUGGCUGCCCCCUCUUCUGCCCUGUCUCCAAGAUGGAGGCCAAGAAUUCCUACGUACGCGACGAUGCCAUCUUCAUCAAGGCCAUUGUGGACCUGACGGGGCUCUAGCGGCCUUCACUGGGGCCGGGGGUCAGGGGCAGCCUGGCCAGCGGCUUGGUGAGGAGCCACCGUGCUGCGCCUGAGCCUUGCUUCAGCGGGCGGGUGCCAAGUUCACGUCCCACGGGGGGGCCACCUCCGGGGAGAGGGCGCUGAGCCCUGGGCCAUGGCUGGGCCGUGGGCCUGCGGGUGCCGCCCAGCUGCCGGCCUGCGUGGUGCUCGGAGCUCUUGACGGGAGCGGCCGGGCCGAGGCAAGCAAAGUGGAGGUGGGCCCAUGAGGAGAGGGCUGCCCCCAUCCGGCCACAGCGAGAAGCCCCCUGGUGCCUGGUCCCACCCUUCGGCCCCUGGAGAGAAGGGACGAUGUCAGGCCUGGCCCCUGGCCCUGAGGGCAACUCCUGGUGUGUGUCAGCCUGGCCAGACCAGUGGGCAGGGAGGUGGCCCAUGUCCUUGGAGCAUCCCAACAGCUGUCCCUGUGGUAUGUGGGGGGUGCACAUUCAGCCUGUUCGCUAGACGGGUGCCAGCCGCCCUGUCAGGCUGUGGAGAAGUGGUUAUUAAACCAUUAAACCUC